AUGGCUCUCCGGUUCCGACGAGAGGGCGACUUCAUCAAGCACAGGGUGCACAUGGAGCGCAUGGGCAUAUCGCCUUGGAUUGAGGAUUUCAAAUGGCGAGUGAUUGAUUGGCACUACCAGUACUACAUGGGCCCCAAGGCCCGAAACGCAGUGAUGGCGAACCAACGCCACGCUCGCUCCAUCCAGGACAUGUACGAUAAGCGAGCCAAUGGCUUCGUGCAACGACUAUCGAAAGAGGAUUCCUCGAAAGCCUACAACCACGCGAGGACCAAACACUUCGCCUGGACCACCUUCCUUCCGCGGGUCACGCCACUGCAGAAGAGUUCCAAUCCUUUCUGUCCGGUCACACCCAACAAGACUGGCUGGCGCGAGUACAUGGAGCAGAAGGAGGUGCGGGGCGCAGUUCGGCCAAAGUCUCCGAAGAACAAGCAGCACAGAGUCCAGUACACCAUGGAUCCCAAGCCGAAGGGCCCCAAGCAUGUCAUGUCCGGGACUGACGACACUGUCCCCAUCUUCCCGACGCAAGCCUGA